AAAUGAAUCAGAGUAAAGACAAAACGAUAAGAAAUAAAGAAAAACCCUAAAUCGACUACACACCAACACUUGUCUCAAAACAUUUGAAAAUGUGCGGGAUUUUUCUUUCAUAAACAUCUCUCAGAGUUUCACUUCUCUUCUAACAUUGGUUUCUUCUCCCUUGAGAGUUCUCUUCCAAGUUCUCUCAAUAGAGCUAGCUCUAGGUAAAAGCAGCUCAUACAGAGAUCUGUUUCUCUUACCUUCAAAACCCAAAUAAGAGCAACAACAAGUUUAAGUAAUGGGUCUAAAUCUCAACCCGAUUCUCCGACAAGAGCUCGCGAAUCUCGACAAAGACACAGAGAGCCGCAAAACCGCCAUGAAAGCUCUCAAAUCCUAUGUCAAAGACUUGGAUUCAAAGGCAAUCCCAAGCUUUCUAGCGCAAGUCUCCGAGACCAAAGAGACAAACUCUCUCUCCGGUGAAUACACAAUCUCUCUCUACGAGAUCCUCGCUCGUGUCCACGGACCAAACAUCGUCCCCCAGAUAGAUACCAUCAUGUCCACCAUCGUCAAGACUUUAGCUUCAAGCGCUGGCUCUUUCCCUCUUCAACAAGCUUGCUCCAAAGUCAUCCCUGCCAUCGCUAGGUACGGGAUUGAUCCGACAACAUCGGAAGAAGACAAGAAACGGUCCAUUAUACACUCUUUAUGUAAGCCUCUCUCUGAUUCUCUCUUGUGUUCUCAAGAGAGUUUAGCUUCCGGCUCUGCUUUGUGUCUCAAGGCUCUUGUGGAUUGUGAUAACUGGCGGUUUGCUUCUGAUGAGAUGGUGAAUAAGGUUGUUCAAAACGUUGUCGUUGCGUUGGAUGGGAACUCUAACCAAACGCAUCUUCAUAUGGGUUUGGUCAUGGCCCUUGCUAAGCAUAACCCUUUGAUCGUUGAGGCCUACGCGAGGCUGUUGAUACACACGGGGAUAAGGAUUCUCGGGUUUGGUGUGAGGGAAGGGAACUCUCAGAAGAGGUUGUCUGCAGUGCAGAUGUUGAACUUUUUGAUGAAGUGUUUGGAUUCUAGGAGUAUAUACUCUGAAGUUGACUUGAUUGUUAAGGAGAUGGAGAAGUGUCAGUCUGAUCAGAUGGCUUAUGUUAGAGGAGCUGCUUAUGAGGCAAUGAUGACUUCUAAGAGGAUAGCUGGUGAGCUUGAGGCGAAGAUGGAGAAGAAAGGUUCUUGUCGUUCUGUGACUGGUUCGAAUUUUAGUAGAGGAAGAAAGUGUUUAUCUCAUUCUCCUGAUAAUGAGUCUUUGUCACCUGAGUCACAAACUCUUGGUGGGUCUUUUAGUGGGUAUGAUUCUCCGGUUGAGUCUUCGCCGCGUAGUUCUUGUAAUAACUUUGAUGGGAGGAGUGUGAACCGGAAACUUUGGAGGACUAAUGGAGUGGUUGAUAUCUCAUUGAAGGAUGGUUUGUUCUCCGGAGACACCACUGUGUCUGAUUCACCUCUUGUCCCCUAUGACCGUUGUGAGAAUGAGUUUGAAGGUUUUCUAAUGAACACAACUCCUACUAGUCCACAGAGACAGUGUUGUUCAAGAAACAUGAAUGCUGAAGAUUUCAACAUCUAUAGCACACCAAGGAAGCUAAUCAGUUCUCUUCAGUAUACUGAUGAUGUGGACUUGGAUCAUUCUGACAUUCUGAGUCCAGUGCUGUCUCGCCAGAACACUAAACUCAGGAAGCAAACUCCAACCGUGGCGGCGGUGGAAACAAUCUCAUCAUCAUCAACUGUUUUAUUUAAUGAAGAAACAACACCUCAAUCACAGAUGAUAAUGAGUAAGAAGAAGAGGAAGAACAUUAGCUAUGGUAAACUCAUGUUUGCUAUAUCCUUUUUUGUGGUGGUGCUGCUUACAAGUGUGAUGAUGUUCAAUCAAGAUGAUGAUGUUGGUUACUACACUGUUCCAACAUGACCCUUCACCUCUCUUUGGUGGUCAGUUUAAAUCCUAGUGUAAUGGACCCAAGGUUAUUUAGUUAUCCAAUCUAGUAUCUACAUGUUGGUUGUUUGUAAUGUACUUUUGGUACAAGAUGUAGAAUCUUCUUCUUCUACUUAUCGUUCUCACUUUGUUUUAGUGUUUUAGUGCAAAUCUGUUAAAUCAAUACACUGUUUUUAGUAUACAAUGUUUAGAAAAGUUCACGAUUACAAAAUGUACUGCACUGUCCUGGUUGUAAUUUUUUUGCUAUGAAGAGAAUGA